UGAAGAGGAAUCCAGUGCUACAUUCACCGCCCCGCCGGAAGUGCGCCUGCGCGGUCUCUGGUUCCUCCAUCUGUGCUUCCCCUCCCCCUAGUCGCCCCGCGGGGGCUCCGGGCCAGGCGGAACCAUGUUCUGCAGCACCGGCUCCAGUGGGCUUUACAAGGCACCUCUGUCUAAGAGCCUUUUACUGGUCCCCAGUUCCCUGUCUCUCUUGCUGGCCCUUCUGCCGCACUGUCAGAGGUUCUUUCUGUAUGACCUCCAAGCAGUCAAGGAUGACUUCCAGAUUUGGAGGCUGGUAUGUGGAAGAAUAAUUUGCCUUGAUUUGAAAGAUACUUUCUGCAGUAGUCUGCUUAUUUAUAAUUUUAGGAUAUUUGAAAGAAGAUAUGGAAGCAGAAAAUUCGCAUCCUUUUUGCUGGGUUCCUGGGUUUUGUCAGCCUUGCUCGACUUCAUCCUUGUUGAAACUGCAUGGUAUUGCUUUGGUAUCUCUGCAUCCCGGAAUUUGCCUUCUGGAUUCCUGGCACCUGUGUUUGCUCUGUUUGUACCAUUUUACUGCUCCAUACCGAGAGUCCAAGUGGCACAUAUUCUGGGCCCGUUGUCCAUCUCAAACAAGACAUUGAUUUAUAUAUUGGGACUACAGCUUUUCACCUCUGGUUCCUACAUCUGGAUUGUAGCCAUAAGUGGAUUUAUUUCCGGUAUCUGCUACAACAGCAAAAUAUUACAAGUUCACCAGGUGCUGUACAUCCCUAGCUGGAUGGCAAGGUUCUUUUCGUGGACGCUUGAACCUAUCUUCUCAUCUUCAGAACCCACCACCGAAGCCAGAAUUGGGAUGGGGGCCACAGUGGAUAUCCAGAGACAGCAGAGAAUGGAAGUGCUUGAUCGGCAGCUGAUGCUGUCUCAGUUUACACAGGCAAGGCGACAAAGGCAGCAACAGGGAGGAAUAAUCAAUUGGAAUCGUCUUUUCCCUCCUUUGAGGCAGCGACAAAAUGUAAACUAUCGGGAUGGUCAGCAGUCUGAACAACAAGCAUCCCCUCCUCUAGAGGUUUCUGAGGAACAGGUUGCCCGGCUCAUGGAGAUGGGAUUUUCCAGAGGUGAUGCUUUGGAAGCCCUGAGAGCUUCAAAUAAUGACCUUAAUGUGGCUACCAACUUCCUGCUACAGCACUGACAGUCCCUGGGGACAACACUGGGAUCUGCCAAGCCACUGACUCAGGCGUGUCCUGUCCCUGCCACUGCAUUGGGCCAAGAACCCUGCACUCUCUGGCUGAUGUUCUCAAUGUUCUUUUGGGAAAAUAGUGGAUCCCACUGUUCCCUCCUUUAAUUCCAAGAUUGUUACUGUUAGAGCAUCGAAAAUAAGGUUUGAGACUCUAAAAUGUUUGCCAUUAAAUUAGCAUGUGUUUUCUACCUUUUUU